AUGGUUGUACAUGAGUCGCGGGAAACAGAGGCAGUUGAAACUCCCGACGAUCGCAUCGCGAUAAACGCGAAGGUGCUGUCUACAGAGUCAAGGGUUUCACCGAACUCUGAAUGUCACGGAUCGGGGAAAUAA